UACUUCUCCAAGGAACAAUGGGAAGAGAUGGGAGAAUGGGAAAAAAUCCGAUAUAGGAAUUUGAAAAGAAACUACGAAGCGCUGAUUGCUAUAGGUUUCAGAGCCACUCGACCGGAUUUCUUGCAUCACCGCAGGCAGGUCAUCAAACCUCAGGUAGAUGACACUGAGGAUUCUGAUGAAGAAUGGACACCAAGGCAGCAAGGUAAACCUUCCUCGAUGGCCUUCAGAGUGGAGCACAGUAAACACCAGAAGAGAAUGUCCAGGGCACCAUUAAGUAAGGAAUCUAGUUUGAAGGAAUUACCGGGAGCAGCAAAAUUGCUGAAAACAAGUGGCUCCAAGCAGGCUCAGAAACCAGUGCCCCAUCACAGAAAAGCAAGGACCCCUGGACAGCACCCCAGACAAAAAGUCGAACUCAGAGGAAAGGAGACUGGAGUGAAGAGGUACAGUCUGCGAGAAAGAAAGGGCCACGUGUACCAAGAGGUCAGCGAGCCCCAGGAUGACGACUACCUCUAUUGUGAGGAGUGUCAGAACUUCUUCAUCGACAGCUGUGCUGCCCAUGGGCCCCCAACCUUUGUAAAGGACUGUGCAGUGGAAAAGGGGCAUGCCAAUCGCUCAGCCCUCACGCUGCCCCCUGGGUUGAGCAUCAGACUGUCGGGCAUCCCUGACGCUGGGCUUGGAGUGUGGAACGAGGCGUCCGAUCUGCCGCUGGGCCUGCACUUUGGACCCUAUGAGGGCCAGAUCACAGACGAUGAAGAGGCCGCCAACAGUGGAUACGCCUGGCUGAUCACCAAAGGGAGGAACUGCUAUGAGUAUGUGGAUGGAAAGGACACGUCUUGGGCCAACUGGAUGAGGUAUGUGAACUGUGCCCGCGACGACGAGGAGCAGAACCUGGUGGCCUUCCAGUAUCAUGGGCAGAUCUUCUACCGAACCUGCCAGGUGGUCAGGCCGGGCUGUGAGCUGCUGGUCUGGUACGGGGACGAGUAUGGUCAGGACCUUGGCAUCAAGCGGGACAGCAGGGGGAAGAGUGAGCUCGCGACCGGGGGAGAUUGUGAGGAGUGUCAGAACUUCUUCAUCGACAGCUGUGCUGCCCAUGGGCCCCCAACCUUUGUAAAGGACUGUGCAGUGGAAAAGGGGCAUGCCAACCGCUCAGCCCUCACGCUGCCCCCUGGGUUAAGCAUCAGACUGUCGGGCAUCCCUGACGCUGGGCUUGGAGUGUGGAACGAGGCAGCAGAUCUGCCGCUGGGCCUGCACUUUGGCCCCUAUGAGGGCAAGGUCACAGACGAUGAAGAGGCCGCCAACAGUGGAUACGCCUGGCAGAUCGCCAAAGGGAAGAACUGCUACGAGUAUGUGGAUGGAAAGGACACGUCUUGGGCCAACUGGAUGAGGUAUGUGAACUGUGCCCGGGACGACGAGGAGCAGAACCUGGUGGCCUUCCAGUAUCACGGGCAGAUCUUCUACCGAACCUGCCAGGUGGUCAGGCCGGGCUGUGAGCUGCUAGUCUGGUACGGGGACGAGUAUGGUCAGGACCUUGGCAUCAAGCGGGACAGCCGGGGGAAGAGUCAGCUCGCGACCGGGAGAGAACCGAAGCCCAAGAUCCACCCAUGUGCCUCCUGCUCUCUGGCCUUCUCCAGUCAGAAAUUCCUCAGCCAACACACCCAACGCAGUCACCCCACUCAGACCCUCCUGAGACCAUCUGAAAGAGACCUCCUCCAACCAGAGGAUCCCUGCCCAAGCAAUCAAAAUCAGCAAUAUUCAGAUCCACACAGCCCGCGCGACAAACCUGCGGGUCAGGAGGUCAAGGAGAGGCCCCAACAAUUGCUGAAAAGCGUAAGGUUGAAGAGGAUUUCCAGGGCCUCUUCCUACUCAACCGGAGGACAAAUGGGGGGUUCUGGGGUGGAUGAGAGAAUGACAGACGAGCCCAGCACAAGCCAGAAACUGAAUCCAGAGGACACAGGCACAUUACUCACGGGGGCAGGGGUCUCGGGGGUUAUGAGGGUCAUGUACGGAGAGUGUGAGCAAGGCUCCAAGGACAGCUUCCGUCGGAAGUCAACCCUCAUCAGACACCAGAGGACACACACAGGGGAGAAGCCCUAUGUUUGCGGGGAGUGUGGGCGAAGCUUCAGUAAGAAGUCAGAUUUCAUCAGACACCAGAGGACACACACAGGGGAGAAGCCCUAUGUUUGCAGGGAGUGUGGGCGAAGCUUCAGUCAGAAGUCAGCCCUCAUCAGACACCAGAGGACACACACAAAGGGGUUCCGGAGGCUGAAGUCCACCCGGCCACCAGAAGACACCAAGGGGAGAGUGGGCCACGGGGCGGGGGGCGGAGGCGGCCAGGCCCCACCUGACACCGUGACUGCCCUGCACGGUCACACAGGACACCAGCAGUCACGGGACGGACAGCCAGCUGCCUCCACUGCCCGCUCCACCCUGACCACAGCGGCCCCAGGGCUGUACCAGCCGCACCUGUGGGCGGCUCUCCUUGGCUGCCAGGGCUCAGGGACCCUGGUGAGGAGCUCCCAAGACACCAAGCUGGGGUUGGCAAUGGGGGAGCUGGAUGCCAGGGAACCCGAGACCCUGCAGCAGGGUACAGGCAGGCUGCUGGCCCUUCACUUCACCUCAGCGCCGAAGGACUGGACUUCGCUGAACCUCUAG